ACAGCCCAUUAGCCAAUGGGUGCUGCAGAGGUCGGAAGCCAAGAGAGGGUGAGGAGAGGAACGCCACCGGGACGCAGGGAUAUUGGAGGAAAGGAAGCAGAAUUCAAGUGUGUGUUUCAAGAAAUAGGAGACAAGGCAGACUCUUUGGUGGUCUGUGAGGUGGACCCAGAGCUGAAGGAGAAACUCCGAAAGUUCCGCUUCCGGAAAGAGACAACCAACGGGGCCAUCAUCAUGAAAGUGGACAAAGACCGGCAACUAGUGGUGAUGGAGGAAGAAUUUCAGAAUAUUUCACCUGAGGAACUGAGGAAUGAGCUGCCUGAGAGACAGCCCAGGUUCAUAGUUUACAGCUACAAAUGGGUCCAUGAAGAUGGUCGGGUCUCCUAUCCACUCUGCUUCAUCUUCUCCAGCCCCGUAGGCUGUAAACCAGAACAGCAGAUGAUGUAUGCCGGAAGCAAAAACCGACUGGUACAAACCGCUGAGCUCACCAAGGUGUUUGAGAUCCGCACCACAGAUGACCUGACAGAGGCUUGGCUUCAGGAGAAAUUGUCCUUCUUCCGUUAGCUGGGGGCAUGGAGAUGUCCAAGGAUCAGGAGACAGGACACCUUGGUGCUGGGAAACUACAUACCCUCUGACAAAAUAAACUAGUGAAACCUGGA